AGAGAGUUUCUGAUUCGCAGCUUGAAAAAAAGUUCAACCAAUUAGAUGUCAGUAGUGAUUAUUCGGAUAUUUGCGUUGUGGGCUUUUAGGAAAGCGGCGGGAGAUGGAUUCCAGGAGGUCGCGGGUUACGAGUGACAUAGAAAGGACGUUCCAGGAGGUCUAUCAGUCACUGGUACAAGAUAAAGACCUCAGCGACAGCUUCUGGAAGAGAAGUAGCAGCUACAAAGUUUUCUCUAGAUCUGAAAGUUGUCUGACUCUUCAAAGAAGCAGUGUGACUUCUAGCAGAGUAACAGAAGAAAAAAUCACACUGAACUUGCACAACUCAACUUUGAUCACUGGCAAACAUGAUCAUUACACACCUGCUGGGUCUCCUUUGAGGCAACAUUCUGGCAACCCAGUCUUUGAGACUUCUAAGCAUGAGCGAAAGCAAAGAACUGAACCCCAGCUUAUUAAAGCAAAUUCAGAAGAGCGGGAAUGCAACAUGUCAUUUGCACACCAGUCUUCAUACAACGAGGAUACUGACAGUCUGCAAUCAUCUUUUAAUGAUGGAGAUCCGUUUUCUUUCCAGUCUGGAACAGAUGAAUGCUCUACUAAUGUAUUGGAAUUGGUUAAGGAGUCCAUGGACAAUCAGAUUUUGUGUGAAGCCUGUCAGAAACUUUAUAAAACAGCCAUCAGAAACAAGUCUGCCUCUGUUAAAAAGCCAAAAAUCUUUGAUCCUAAUCAUUGGUGCUGUGACUUUUGGAUGAUGGUGAACAGGACUUCAUCGGUGGAUAAUAUUCCAAGAAGGAGACGAAGUUUAAGAAUAACUCUAAAGGUUCUUGAAAGCAAUGUUAGUAUAGUACCUGUUGAUAAAUGCACCAGAGCACAUGCCUUCCUUCAAAGAAAUCUUCGCCUUUGCAAGAAGGCCAGACGGGCUUAUUUCAAGCAACGGCAAAGGAAAAGCCAGAGGAAAAGAGGUUCUUCUAUAUUAAAGCCCAAACCAAAAGUUCAAAGAACAGCAAAAUCUAUGAAUGCUACUCAGAACUUUGAAAGAAAACCUUUUGUAUUUGUAAUAGAUUCAAGCCAAGAUGAAGAUGCAGACUUGGAUAUUAAAGAGCCAAAGUCCAAGGCAGAAAUGAGAAGUGAACUUGCUUGUAACCUUCAUAGUGCUGCAGACAACACCGCUUCUGUACGGCAAACUACGUCACACAAUUCAAUUGGGUCUAACCUUUCUUCAUCAACGUCCUUUAUGGAGGGAGUAAGUUCUGAGGAUUCUGAGAGCUCAUUUCUUAUUGAACCUGUGGCUAAUGAUAAACAUCACUCAGAAAUGGAAAUGUGCCAGAAUCCCCCAACAGGAAGCCUAGAUCCCUUCUCCUGGGUCCAUGGAGGCAGCUUUAGAGACAUGCUUGCACGGUUAAAUUCAGGAUGCUUAAAAAGUGCUGCCAUUAAAGAGCACUGAAUUUCACACUGACUCCAUAAACAACAUUGUUAGUAGUCUGUUAACAUGUUCCGUUUCUGAUCCCUAUGUGCACAAUAAGUGAAUUCUCUGCUUCUGUUGGUUUAAAUGGAUUGCUUGGUUUUAAGUAUUAAUCACAACACUGCUGGCAUAUGUCUGCCACCUGCCUGUAAAAUAAUUUGUUGAUUCAGGGUAGCACAGAUUGUUACCUAAAUAAAUGUUGUAAGGUAUUCUGUUACAUUACAUUGUAGAAAUGGAUUUGCUACUCUGUGUGUGUGUGUCUGUCUCCAAAGUUCGAGAAUUGGCUAAUAAAUUGAGUAAUUGUUGUCUUUGUGGCUGCCACUCGCCUUUCUCUCCCAGUAACAGGAAAACAUUUUGGAGAAAAAUGUCCAUGUGUCAUUUUUUUUUCCCCCAAACUCAAUGUACAUUAAAAAAAUUUUUUUAUAGUAUUUUUAAAUAGGGAUAAAGUUCUACCUUGUGGAUACAGAUAUAAUUUUAUUCUGUUAUUUCUCUUCUUUCACACAUACACAGGCCUUAAAUUAUAAUAAAGACAUUUUAUAGA